AUGCUGGCACUUAAUUCACUUACUUCUACACAAAAGUCCCAACUUCGAAAUGCAUUCACAAUAAUUGAUGGAGAUUCAAGAGAUUCCAAAAUAACGAAAAAGGAUUUGGUUGCACUUUACAAGACCCUUGGACUUACCACUCCUACGGAUGCACAACUCAAUACUAUGCUUGAUGGCGAAGAAGGGAUCAACUUUACACAAUACUCCAACAUCAUGGCAAAGCAGUUACUGAAAUUCGAUGGUAGAGAGACCAUACAAAACGCACUCAAGGUAUUUGCAGACGAACUGAAAGAUUUAAAGGAUCCAGAUUUUAAUGUGGAAAUUACUAAACUCAAGGAAGCUGUAUGUUCAGUACAAUUGGGGGAAAUCGGUACAGGUGACAAUCGUCUAGGACGCAAAACCUUUGAUGAAUUGGUAGAUGGGUUUGUUAGAGAUGAAAUUGACGGUAGGAAAGUAUUUAUGGCUUCUAAAUGGUUAGCUGCUUAUAUUGAAUAG